AUGGAAAGAAGAAACCAGACCAGCAUCCAUGAGUUUCUUCUCAUGGGCCUCUCUGAGAAGCCAGAGCAGCAGCCUCUCCUGUUUGGGCUCUUCCUGGGCAUGUACCUGGUCACUGUGCUGGGCAACCUGCUCAUCAUCCUGGCCAUCAGCUCUGACGUGCACCUCCACACCCCCAUGUACUUCUUCCUGGCCAACUUGUCCUUCUCUGACAUUGGUUUCAUCUCUACAAUAAUUCCCAAAAUGCUAGGUAAUAUUGGCUCAGGGAAUAAGCUGAUUUCUUAUGGUGAGUGCCUUACACAACUCUAUUUCUUUGGACUAUUUGCAGAUCUAGACAACUUUCUUCUGGCUGUGAUGGCAUUUGAUCGCUAUGUGGCCAUCAGCCACCCCCUCCGUUAUGCCAUGACCAUGAACUCCCAAUGCUGUGUCCUUUUGGUGGCUGGGUCAUGGGUGGUCACUAUCCUCCAUGCCCUAGUGCAUACCCUCCUAGUGACCAGGCUUUCUUUCUGUGGCCCCAAUAUCAUCCCCCAUUUCUUCUGUGAUCUGGUCCCCCUCCUGAAGCUGGCCUGCUCCAGUACUUAUGUCAAUAGCCUGAUGCUCAUCUUUGUAGCAGGAAUACUGUUAAUUGGACCCUUUGUCUGCAUCCUUACAUCUUACUUUUACAUUGCAUUGGCUAUUCUAAGAAUUGAUUCCCCAAAGGGUAAGCAAAAGGCCUUCUCCAACUGCACCUCCCACCUGUCUGUGGUCUCUCUGUUUUAUAGUACAGCUAUUGGGGUCUAUUUAUGUCCUCCAUCAUCCACCUCAGGUGGAAAGAACAGAGUCUUCUCAGUGAUGUACACAGUGGUCACCCCCAUGCUGAACCCUUUCAUCUACAGCCUGAGAAACAAGGAUAUGAAGGGGGCUCUAGGAAAGCUUCUCAGAAGAAAAACACUCUAA